UCUUUUCUUCAAAAGAAAGCCAUUAAAAGCUCAAAGACGAAGCAACAUCGGCGAACACAGAAGAAACGCUUGUAGGUAGGGACAGAGAGAAAUGGAUCAUAAGCUAACGGAGGUCUCGCAGCUAUUCGAGAGAUUCAAAGCAGCUGGUAUGCGAGAGGAUGUUGACACUUGCAGCGAUCUGCUUUCUAAGCUCAAGGUUAUGUUGACUGGAUUUCGAAGCCUGCCACCUUUGUUUGAAGAUACGCCUAAUGCUGUUCACGAAUUGACAUUAGCAAGGGAUAUAUACGAGCAUGCCGUUCUUUUAAGUGUGAAGAUUGGGGAUCAGGAUGCCUUUGAAAGAGAUUUCUUUCAGUUGAAGCCAUAUUAUACUGAUGCCAGUAGCCGUCUCCCUCCAUCUUCCCAGGAGUACAUGAUCUUAGGUCUCAAUCUUUUGAGACUCCUAGUGCAGAAUAGAAUUGCUGAAUUCCAUACUGAACUGGAACUGCUAUCACCCGCUGCUUUGGAAAAUCCUUGCAUCAAGCAUGCUGUGGAGUUGGAGCAAUCAUUCAUGGAAGGAGCUUACAACCGUGUGUUGAGCGCAAAACAAACUGUGCCAUACAAAACCUAUGAUUAUUUUAUGGAUCUUUUGGCAAAGACAGUGAGGGAUGAAAUAGCUGGAUGCAGUGAGAAGGCAUAUGAUUAUCUUUCAAUUAGUGAUGCCAGCCGAAUGUUGCUCUUUUCUUCUGAUGAUGAACUUUUUCAGUACAUUAAGGAGGAGCAUCCUGAGUGGGAAAUAAAGAAUGGUCUAGUAAUUUUCCAGAAGGCAAAAGAAUCUGCCCCUUGCAAGGAAAUACCAUCUCUACAACUCAUCAAUCAGACUCUGAGUUAUGCAAGAGAGUUGGAGCGAAUUGUGUAGACAGAGAUGCUGUUAAUGGCUGUGGUUGCAGAAAUUCACACUGAAAACCAUUCUCCCCUCGCAUAAACAUAUUUGUUUUUGCAAUUUAGUUUGGUCAUUCCAGUAACACAUUUUCGUCACUGUGGCAGCAUUCCCCCCCCCCCCCCCCCCUCUCUCUCUCGCCAAUUCUUAUAUCCUGGUAAUUCCAUCUUCAUUUUUAAUGUUCAUGUUGUACUUUUAAACUCAAUUAUAAACUGCAUUUCUUUGCUACA